AUGGCCAAAGAGUUUACAUUCAACUGGCGGCCUAUCGUUAAUAAAGUUCUCGUAGAAGGCUCUAUAUUUGAUAAAGUUGAAGAUGUUUCAGUGUCCUCUCAUGAAACACAGGGUGAGAUCAAAUAUAAUGUUAAAGUGGAUGAGUUUGGGUUUUUCGUCCAAGUGCUAGUUGAUGGACGAGAUGCUCUCGUCAUUGAUUUGUCACAAGUAUGGGAAGCUAGACGAUAUGGCAGUCCUGCCUUAUGGAAAUCAGAAACAGACUCUACCCCUAGAACAAUAAGAGAAAACUUUGAAGAACGUAUAGUAUGGAUAACUCAUGGAGAAGAUAUUGUGAAUGUUAAAAAUAUUUAUUUUGUAGCUGAAAGUAUGGAAGUAGCUAGGAUAUGGAGACACGGUCUUAAUGAUAUUUUGAGACAAGCUAAAGUGCGACAUGUAUGUCCAACAACUAACUUUCUUAAAUAUUGGAAAUGGCUUACGUUAAGCGUAUCAGAUCGACGAAAAAUCCCUACGAAGCAUCUCAUAAAAACCUUUUCCUCGGGCAAAUCGGAGAAAAUGGUUCAGAAGUGCUUAGCUGAUUUGGGUCUGGGUGGAGAAAAGUAUUCAGUACCACGGGUAAUCAAUCGUUCUAUGGGAAGGAAAUUAAGGAAUUUCUACAAAUGCAGAAGUCGUCGAAAGCGAAAGGACAAAGAGGAGAUCGAUGUUGAGACUCUAACAUUUGAAAGAUUUCAACGUUUGCUCUAUAAAAUUUGCCCGCGUAAUGAUGUACAAGAGUUGUUCGUGAAAUUGUCGGGACAAAAAGAAUAUUUAACAACUGAACGUCUUGUUGUCUUUUUGAAUGAAGAACAACGUGAUCCUCGAUUGAAUGAAAUUCUCUUCCCGUUCUAUGAUACUAGCAAGACCCAAGCCUUAGUCAAUAAAUAUGAAACAGACUCAAAUUACCUUGAAGCAGGCAAAAUGUCCGGUGAAGCUUUCCUCAAAUACCUCAUGUCCGACGAAAACUCUGUUGUUUUCCUGGAUCGUGUAGAUCUUUUCCAGGAUAUGGAUCAUCCUCUAUGUCACUACUAUAUUAACAGUUCUCACAAUACUUAUCUUACGGGUAGACAAUACGGAGGUAAAUCAUCGUCUGACAUUUAUCGACAGGUGUUGUUGUCUGGAUGCCGCUGUAUCGAGUUGGAUUGUUGGGAUGGUACUGGUGAUAAUAAGGGAGAACCUAUAAUUACACAUGGAAAGGCAAUGUGUACGGAUGUUUUCUUCAAGGAUGUUUUAUACCAAAUCCGCGAUACUGCAUUUGCUCGAUCCGACUAUCCGGUUAUCUUAUCGUUCGAGAAUCAUUGCUCGAAAUCAAAUCAACUCAAGAUGGCAAGAUAUUGUAUGGAUAUAUUCGGCGAUAUGUUGCUCACAAAGCCGUUCGAGGAUUUUGCGCUUGAACCUGCUGUUCCUCUCCCUUCUCCGAAUCGUUUAAAGAGGAAAAUUCUUAUUAAGAAUAAAAGAUUAAAACCUGAAAUCGAAAAACAUCAGCUAGAACAGUUCCUCCGAGAAGGAAAGCUAGAUGAAGAAGAUGAAUACCAGGAAACUCCUGAAGUGGUCGGAGAAGAUGUUGUCAUGCCACCCGACGACGACGUAUCAGACGAAGAUGAUCCUUCUGUUCAAUCUUCUGACAACGUUGUUAGAGGACCUACAAUUGAUACUGUGCCACUUCUAUCACCAUCUGAUCGCCUACAGAAGCUGUCUUUUCGCUCGCCCAAAUUUUCAUUGCGAGGGAUUUCCACAAAGCGUCGCCAAUCGCCGAUAGCAGGAGAUCAACGUGCUCAUCCAGAAGAGGUUGCUGCACCCGUCACUGCUCCCGUGAAGACUGGAGAACCUUCAAAGGAGAAUGAUGAAGCUCAUCCCGAACUUCAAAAGCAAAAUUUUAUUUCUAAAAACCUGAAAUCACUGGGCUUCUCCAAAAAACAGGCUGUACUUACAAAAGAGGAAGAAGAACGCAUUUUCGCCGAGUAUCAUUAUACUGGAGCAACAACCAACAUUCAUCCUUUACUAUCAUCUUUGAUCAACUACACUCAUCCCGUAAAGUUCAGUGGAUUUGAUGUCGCUGAUGCCAAUAACCUUCACUUCCAUAUGUCCUCAUUCUCUGAGUCCACGGGUUUGGGUUACUUGAAAGCUUCAGCUCCUGAGUUUGUGAAUUAUAACAAACGACAGCUCAGUCGAAUCUAUCCGAAGGGUGCUCGAGUUGAUUCCAGCAAUUUUCUACCUCAGAUUUUCUGGAAUGCAGGAUGCCAGAUGGUUUCACUCAAUUAUCAAACUCCUGAUAUUUAUAUGCAAUUGAAUAUGGGAAAAUUCGAAUACAACGGAGGCUCGGGCUACUUAUUGAAACCAGACUUCAUGAGACGUCCCGAUAGAACAUUCGAUCCUUUUUCGGAAUCUCCAGUGGAUGGUGUGAUUGCUGCUCAUUGCAGUGUUAGAGUUAUCGGAGCCCAGUUCUUGACAGAAAGAAAAAUUGGCACUUAUGUUGAAGUGGAAAUGUAUGGAUUGCCAACUGAUACGAUUAGAAAAGAGCACAAGACCAAAGUAGUUGCUGGAAACGGUUUAAAUCCGGUGUAUAACGAAGAUCCAUUCGUAUUCAGAAAGGUUGUACUACCUGAAUUAGCUGUUUUGCGUUUUGCUGCUUUUGAUGAGAAUGGCAAGCAGUUAGGACAACGAAUUUUACCUUUGGAUGGACUACAGGCGGGAUUCCGUCAUAUAUCUCUGCGAAACGAAACAAACCAGUCUACAAUUCUCGUUCCAACGAUUUUCGUGCACAUUGUUCUCAAGACUUAUGUGCCUGAUGAAUUGAGUGGUCUCGUCGAUGCUCUAGCUGACCCUCGUGCAUAUUUAUCAGAACAGAAAAAGAGGGAAGAAGCUUUGGCUAAUAUGGGAGUGGAUGACAAUGAUAUUGCCGAAGUUCCAAUCAGUAAACCUAAGACAAAACUUCUUCAAAAGUCUAAUGGAUCUGCUGCCAAUCUACUCAAUGACAAGGAGAAUCCGCCUGUGUCUGCAAGAUCCGAACCUGCGGGGCCUUCUAUGCCUAUGAAAACUUACACCGAGCCUGGAUUGGAUAAGUUCAAGGUUGACCCUAUCGAGAUUGAUGAUCUACGUAAAGACAAACAGUUUGCAAAGCUUUUAAAGAAAAUACAAAAAGAUGAAGAAGAUUUAAAGAAGAAACAUCAGAAACAAAGAGAUUCUAUCCAGAAGCAACAGCCACGACGAUCUUCCAUUGUCUGGAUUCAAACAAAUGUGGAUAAGUUGAUUACACACAACCGACGUUCUACGAAGAAGGAUAAAGGGUCCAGAAAGUCUGUUUCUGAACGGGGAGGGACCGAUGGAGCUUGUAGUUCCGACAUUGCUACAAAUGAUAAGGUUCGUUCUCUCGUCAACAGUCAAACAGAUGAAUGGUCAGCCAUGAUCAAGAAACAUGAAGUAGAAGAGUUUGAAUUGAGGAAAAAUCAUGUGAAGGAACAAUUCGAUCUAUUGAAAAAACUGCUGAGUGAUGCUCAAAAAGCUCAGAUGCAAGCUUUGAAACUGAGAUUAGAAUCUGAAACAAAGGAAUUGAAGCAAAAUCAGACGAAGAAAAGCAUUGAAGAUGCUCGUGUUAUUCAAAUGGAUAAGAGUAUUAAGACAAAAGCAGAAAGAGAUAGACGAGUUAAGGAACAGAACGAUAAAAAUUUGAAAAUGUUUGUUGAGGAACGACGACGCUUGGCGAUGAAAGCUGAGAAACAUGAGGAACAAUUAGCUAAACGACAUGUAGAUCAAGCUGAUCAGUUAGAACGAGAGUUCGAUCGUGCUAAAGAGCAAGAAGAAGCUUUGUUCCGAGAAGAUCAGCUAGCAUCGCAACCUUCAUCAGUCGUCUAA